CUUUCUCUCUCUCUUUUUUUUUUUUACACCGGUUUUAUAAUAUAUAAUGGAUAAGCGCAGGGAUCCACCAACAUCAGAAGGGGCGCUUGUGAAACGCCAGAAAGCAGACGAAUCUGGUGCACAAUCGAAUGCUGUCACGAUCCAGACAAAGGGAGCCAGUGGAGCACUUGUUCAAACUGUCAAGAGAACGUCCGCGCUCAAGGCUCCAAUAUUGUUAUUACAGGGUCAAUCAGAAUUCCAUACUUGCAAGUUCAGUCCUUCAGGAGAGCAUAUUGCAUCUGCAGGAACGGGAGGCAAUAUUAAUCUUUGGAAUACAUAUGGAGAUUGCAAUAACUAUGGAGACAUCAAAGGACAUUCAGGAACUAUUUCGGAGCUUCAUUGGUCGAGAGACAAUAGUAUGAUUUUUACGGCUGGUACAGACAAAAGCUGUGGUGUUUUUGAUGUGCAGACGGGCGAAAGAAUUAAAAGAUUUAAGGGUCAUUCAACAUUUGUCAACAGUUGUUCACCAGCAAGAAGAGGACCCGAAUUGCUUGCUAGUGGAUCUGAUGAUGGUUCAGUCAAGAUUUGGGAUCUUCGAUCCAAAAAUGCAGUUGAAACAUUUGAGUCGCCCUAUCAGAUCACAGCGGUCUCAUUUUCGGAUGCAGGUGAUUUGGUAUUUGCAGGAGGGAUUGAUAAUACGAUUGCAGCAUGGGAUUUGCGGAAGAAGGCGGUUUCAUAUUCGUUGGUGGGACAUCAAGAUACAAUUUCGGGGAUUAGUUUAUCACCGGAUGGUAAUCAGCUUUUGUCGAAUGCAAUGGAUAACACGGUGAGGACCUGGGAUGUAAAACCGUUUUCAGCAACGGGUAAUCGAUUGCUCAAGACGUUCGAAGGCGCACCGCAUGGGUUUGAAAAGAACCUAGUCCGUCCUGCAUGGUCGAAAGAUGGAGCCAUGAUUGGUUCAGAUAAAACUAUGUUCUUGGGAGAAAUCAAUCCAAGCAAGUAACAUUAAAAAAAAAAAAGAUAGACAGAGAUCGGAGUUGAGUGAGUGAGUGAGAGGGUCAAUUUGACG